GAGCUUUACCCACUGUCUCCUGCCUAUUCUCGAGUUCUUCUGCUACUUGAGCUGUUUGUCCUAGGCUUGGCUUUCCUGUGACCUCCCUGCCCCAGGUAGGAACUGAAGACCAGUACUGCAGACAAGGAUCUCCCCACCUUUUGGGCUGUCUUACCCUGAUUUGGCUCCUGUUCCACAUUCUGCCUGCCUGGGGAAUUAUGAGCAAAGACAGCAACGGGAGACAAUCGACAUCUAGAAGCCACAAGGUUUUGUAAAGCUCAAGUCUAUACACCACGGAAGACACAACCAUGGCUUUAUCUCUGGAAGAAUUUGUCCACUCCCUUGACCUAAGGACCCUCCCCAGGGUCCUAGAAAUCCAAUCAGGCAUCUACUUUGAAGGGUCUGUUUAUGAGAUGUUUGGCAAUGAAUGCUGUUUGUCAACAGGAGAAGUGAUUAAAAUCACAGGUCUCAAAAUUAAGAAGAUCAUGGCUGAAAUUUGUGAGGGUGAUAUUAGAGGUUCUGAGUCUCUGAAGCCUUUUGAGCUGCCCAUGAAUUUUCCAGGUCUCUUUAAGGUCAUGGCUGAUAAAACUCCAUACCUGUCAAUGGAAGAAAUCACAAGAACCAUUAAUAUUGGACCCAGUAGACUAGGUCAUCCUUGCUUUUAUCACCUGAAGGAUAUAAAACUAGAGAAUCUCACUAUUAAGCAGGGUGAGCCAAUCCGGUUCAACUCAGUUGAAGAGGUUAAUGGAGAAACGCUGGUGAAUUGUGGUGUGAUAAGGAAUCAUCAGAGCCACUCUUUUACGUUGCCAUUGUCACAAGAAGGAGAAUUUUAUGAGUGUGAGGAUGAACAUAUCUAUACCCUAAAAGAAAUUGUUGAAUGGAAGAUUCCCAAGAACAGAACACGGACAGUAAAACUUACAGAUUUCUCACAUAAGUGGGACUCAACCAAUCCAUUCCCAGAAGAUUUUUAUGGUACAUUGAUUCUCAAGCCUGUUUAUGAAAUCCAAGGUGUGCUGAAAUUUCAAAAGGACAUAGUUCGGAUUCUCCCCAGUUUAGACGUUGAAGUCAAAGAUAUUACUGACUCUUAUGACGCUGACUGGUUUCUUCAGUUGCUGUCUACAGACGAUCUUUUUGAAAUGACCAGCAAAGAGUUUCCUGUAGUAGCUGAAGUCAUUGAAGUGUCUCAAGGGAACCAACUGCCCCGAAGUAUUUUACAGCCAGAGAAAACCAUUGUCAUCCACAAAAAGUACCAGGCUUCGAGGAUCUUAGCUUCAGAAAUUCGCAGCAAUUUCCCUAAAAGACACUUCUUGAUCCCUAUUAGCUAUAAAGGCAAGUUUAAAAGAAGACCCCGGGAGUUCCCAACGGCCUAUGACCUGCAGAUAGUGAAGAGCAAGAAAGAAACUCUCCACGUGGUGGCCACCAAAGCUUUCCAUACACUUCACAAGGAGCUGUCCUCUGUGUCUGUUGGAGACCAGUUUCUAGUGCAUCAUUCAGAGACCACAGAAGUUAUCUUUGAGGGAACAAGAAAAGUAAAUAUUCUGACCUGUGAAAAAAUCCUCGAUAAAACCCAUGAAGUAGCACGGCUUCCUCUGUAUAUGGAAGGAGGCUUUGUAGAGGUGAUUCAUGAUAAGAAACAGUACCAGAUUUCUGAGCUCUGUACACAGUUUUGCUGGCCCUUCAAUGUGAAGGUGGCUGUGAGAGAUCUCUCCAUUAAAGAUGACAUUUUGGCAGCUACCCCAGGACUGCAGUUGGAGGAGGACAUCACAGAUUCUUACCUACUUAUCAGUGACUUUGCAAAUCCUGGGGAGUGUUGGGAAAUUCCCAUGAGUCGCUUGAAUAUGACUGUUCGAUUGGUUAAUAGUAGUAAUCUGCCUGUGGAGGCAGGGCUGCUUCAAGUUAGGAGUCUUGUAGAAGAGAUUACCGAAGAACAGUAUUACAUGAUGAGGAGGUAUGAGAGUUCUCUAUCACAUCCCCCGCCUCGACCUCCCAAACAUCCUUCAGCUGAGGAAAAGAAGCUAACCUUGCUCAGCUUAGCAGAAGAGAGAACAAUAGAUCUGCCCAAGUCUCCCAAGAGUCACCACGUAGACAGAUCCAAGAAGCUCCACCCAGAUCAAGGUGGUCAGGCUUCAAGAGUACCAGUUGGUUUUCAGAAUGAUUUGGCUGAUAUGGAGAGACAGAAGAACAAGGAUGGGCCACUGCAGUAGCAAGUACCAAUGUAACUACAUAACUCUUCAAAACUGAAAAAACAUCAAAAAUAACAAGAUGUGAUGGAAGUCACUUGGGCAGUGAACGUAAAUGUUGCAGUGGAGAAGGAAGUCUUUUCUUCUAGCUCAAAAACAAUUCCCCACUGGACUCCGGAAGAAUCUGGACCGGCUACAGAAAGGACAAAAACAAGCUUAAAUGUUUUAGCACAUAAAGCCCAGAGAGGGACACAUGAUAUGGAAUUUAAAUUGUCUAUUUUGUUUCCUAAAACCCACAGGUAUCAUUUCCUUCUUGUUUAAGACAUAUUUAUUUAUUAUGCAUUUCAAAAAAAUUUUUAUUGGAUAUAUUCUUCAUUUUCAUUUCAAAUGUUAUACCUUUUCCCCGUUUUGCCCUCCCAGAAAACCCCUAACCCAUUCUCCUUCCCCUUCCUCCAAGAAGAUGCCCUUCUGCCCAGCCCACUUUUCCCCCACUCCAUUUCCCCACACUGGGGCAUGGGGAAAUGCCCCCCCAUUGAGCCUUCAUAGGACCCAGGACCUCUCCUCCCACUGAUGCCCAACAAGACAUUCCUCCUCCACAAUUGCGGUUGGAACCAUGUGUACCCCUUGGUUGAUGGAUUAGUCCCUGGGAGCCCAGGGUGGUCUGGUUGGCCGACACCAUUGUUCUUCCUAAGGGGCUGCAAACCCCUUCAGCUCCUCCAGUCCUCCUUUCAACUCCUCCAUUGGGGACCCUGCACUCAGUUCAAUGGUUGGCUGCUAGCAUCUGCCUGUGUAUCUGUAAGGCUCUGGCAGGGCCCCUUAGGAGGCAGCCAUAUCAGCCUCCUUUCUGCAAGCACUUCUUGUCAUCCAUAUUAGUGUUGGUGUUUGGUCACUGUUUAUAGGAUGAAUCCCCAGGUAGGACAGUCUCGGGGUGGCCUUUACUUCAGUCUCUGCCCCAUACUUUGUCUCCAUACUUGCUCCUGUGAGUAUUUUGUUCCCUUUCUCAGAAAAACCGAAUCACUCACACUUUGGUCUUCCUUCUUCCUGUGGUCUGUGAGUUGUGUCUUGUUUAUUUUGAGCUUUUGGGCUAAUAUCCACUUAUCAGUGAGUACAUACUCUGUGUGUUCUUUUGUGAUUGGGUUACCUCACUCAGGAUGAUAGUUUCUGGUUCCAUCCAUUUGCCUAAGAAUUUCAUGAAUUCAUUGUUUUUAAUAGCUGAGUAGUACUCCAUUGUGUAAAUAUACCACAUUUUAUGUGUCCAUUCCUGUUGAAGAACAUCUGGGUUCUUUCCAGCUUCUGGCUAUUAUAAAUAAGGCUGCUAUGAACAUAGUAGAACAUGUGUCCUUAUUACAUAUUGAAGCAUCUUCUGGGUAUAUGCACAAGAAUGGUAUAGCUGGGUCCUCAGUUACUAUGUCUAAUUCUCUGAGGAACUGCUAAACUGAUUUCUAGAGUGGUUUUACUAGCUUGCAGUCCCACCAGCAAUGGAGAAGUGUUUCUUUCCUCCAAAUCCUCGCCAGCAUCUGCUGUCCCCUGAGUUUUCAUCUUAGCCAUUCUGACUGGUAUGAGGUGGAAUCUCAGGGUUGUUUUGGUUUGCAUUUCCCUGAUAACUAAGGAUGUUGAAAAUUUCUUUAGGUGCUUCACAGCCAUUUGAGUUUCCUCAGUUGAGAAUUCUCUGUUUAGGUUUGUACCCCAUUUUUUAAUAAGGUUAUUUGACUCUCUGGAGUCUUUAACUUCUUGAGCUCUUUGUAUACAUUGGAUAUUAGCCCUCUAUCAGAUGUAGGAUUGGUAAGUUGGUUGCCAUUUUGUCCUAUUGACAGUGUCCUUUGUCUUACAGAAGCUUUGCAGUUUUAUGAGGUCUCAUUUGUUGAUUCUUGUUCUUAGAGCAUAAGCCAUUGAUUGGUAUUCUGUUCAGGAAAUUUUCCCUUGUGCCCAUGUGUUCAAGAUUCUUCUCCCACUUUCUCCUCUAUAAGCUUCAGUGUAUCUGGUUUUAUGUGGAGGUCCUUGAUUCACUUGGACUUGAGCUUUGUACAAGGAGAUAAGACUGGGUCAAUUUGCAUUUUUCUACAUGCUGACCUCCAGUUGAUCCAACACCAUUUGUUGAAAAUGCUGUCUUUUUUCCACUGGAUGUUUUUAGCUCCUUUGUCAAAUAUCAAGUGACCAUAAAUGUGUGGGUUCAUUUCUAGGUCUUCAAUUCUAUUCCAUUGAUCUUCCUACCUGCCUCUGUACCAAUACCAAUAUAGUUUUUACUAUUAUGGCUCUGUAGUAGAGUUUGAAGUCAGGCAUAGUGAUUUCCCCAGAAAUUAUUUUGUUGUAGAGAAUAGUUUUUGCUAUCCUGGCUUUUUUUGUUAUUCCAGAUGAAUAUGCAGAUUGCUCUUUCUAGCUCUUUGAAGAAUUGAGUUGGAAUUUUGAUGGGGAUUGCAUCGAAUUUGUAGAUUGCUUUCAGCAAGAUGGCCAUUUUUUACUAUAUUAAUCCUGCCAAUCCAUGAGCAUAGAUCUUGCCAUCUUCUGAGAUCUUUGAUUUCUUUCUUCAGAGGCUUGAAGUUCUUAUCAUACAGAUCUUUCACUUGCUUGGUUAGUCAUCCCAAGGUAUAUAAUAUUAUUUGUGACUAUUGUGAAGGGUUUCAUUGCCCUAGUUUUCUCAUCCUGUUUAUCCUUUGAGUAGAGGAAGACUACUGAUUUGUUUGUGUUAAUUUUAUAUUCAGCCACUUUGCUGAAGUCGUUUAUCAGGUUUAGGAGUUCUCUGGUGGAAUUUUUGGGGUCACUUAAGUAUAUGAUCAUAUCAUCUGCAAAUAGUGACCUUUUGACUUCUUCCUUUCCAAUUUGUAUCCCUUUGACCUCCCUUUUGUUGUCUAAUUGCUCUAGCUAGAACUUCAAGUACUAUAUUGAAUAGAUAGAGAGAGAGAGUGGGAAGCCUUGUCUGGUCCCUGAUUUUAGUGGGAUUGCUUCAAGUUUUUCUCCAUUUAGUUUGAUGUUGGCUACUGGUUUGCUGUAUAUUGCUUUCACUGUGUUUAGGUAUGGGCAUUGAAUUCCUGAUCUCUCCAAGAUUUGUAACAUGAAGGGAUGCUGAAUUUUGUCAAAUGCUUUUUCAGCAUCUAAGAAAUGACCAUGUGGUUUUGUUCUUUGAGUUUAUUUAUGUAGUGGAUUACACUGAUGGAUUUCUGUAUAAUAUACAUUGUUUAUGUAGCUUAUUUUUGCUAUCAGCAAUUUGCAAUUAGAAAUAAUUUUGUACUUCAAUUAUUGAUUAGAAUCCUAUUUUUAAAAUUCUAAACUCUCACUGAAUAUUCACCUUUUUUUCUAGCAGUUUUCUUCCCAUUUUUCCAGUUUCAUCAUCAUUUCUGCUAAAACUCAAUAAGAAAAAUUAAUUAUGUCUGACAGCGACUUAAAAUGGCCAAGUUUCUCCUCUGAUUCUUUGGGAGCUGUGAAAAUGAGUUUGACUUUACAUUUUCAAUUUGUUUUAUAAAUACACAGUAAAUAAAUGUCAAUUCUCAACAACUAGCACCAUUAUAAGUCACAGAACUUUCUCUAACCUUCUCCCUCUACUUCUAAAAGGGAGAGUUGCUGACUAAAAAAUUGCUCAGAUUCUGAAAAAUUGCCUUUUAAUUUAUAUACUAUAUUCUUGAUCAUGCUUCUAAUAAAUGCUUAUUAGGACUGUAGUAAAAGAUUUAGUUAGUCAUAAUAUUUGAUGGAAAGAAAAAGGUAAUAUAAUUGUAAUGAGCCUUAUAAAUAUAGUUGACAGAAGCAAAGAGAUUAUUAAUGAAUGCAUAACACAAUAGAACUUAUAGUUAUAUGCCUGUAAAAGUUAAAGGCAAACACAUUUUAUAAGUUUUCAUAUUAUGUGCUAAAUAUACAGGAAUAACAUUACUUUGUCUUUUAUAACAUGAAGAGAUUGAGAAUAUUUCUAGUUAAUGUUAUGUAGGGAAUAGUGGGAUGCCUUAGGUUUUGUUCAUGAGUCAGACUUUUUACAAAACUUUACUCUGAUCUUAUAAUUAAUUUAUGAGUUGGGAGAACUUAUUUUUAUGAUUUAGUACUGAAGAGUCUCUAAAGAUAGUAAACCCUGAGAUAAUUUUCAUCAUAUAAUCACAACGGAGAUCUUUCAUAUAAUGUUUAUAUUCCGAUUUUUUUUACCUUCUAUUAUUUUUUUCUCUUUAAGGAAUAACUAAUCUUUAUUUCAAUGCUUUAAAAAUUGCUUAAUGACUUAACUGUUAUCAUAUUAUAUGUCAACAACAAAAGUUUAGGAGAUGUAUCAUGUGUAAUUAAUAAAAUUUUAGGAGAUUGUUUUUAAUCUGUGUUUUUUUUAAAGUUUAAUUUACAUACAUUUGAGCAGUAAAUGAGAAAGCUGAUGUCUUUGCAUUUGAGUUGUAGACACCAUAGAGAAUCAUGACCCAACCAAAUAGCCUAAGAAAGCUACACUAUGGGUAAUCUGAGACCAAUGCAAUUUUUACCUAACAUUGAGCACUGAAUAUUUUUAGUUUGGUAUCUGAGUACAAUUAAAUUUGGACUUCUUGUAAGUCUAUGUCUUUGACUAGGAAAUGAAAAAAUGAAUUCUCUUCCUUUAGUUGUGAAUCCUCAAAUACUUUCUACCAUAAAUCAUGUCUAACAUUUCUAUUUUAAUGAAAUUCCACUUACAUAAUCUGCUUCUAGUUGUCUUGGAAUCAAAAAUACAAUAAACUUUAUGACCUAUAAGGAUCUUGAGAAGUUGGAACGAAAUUUUCCACUGCUCAUAGAUACGUGUCUCUGACCAUGGUUAACUAUGAAAUAAGUUGCUUUCUAUAACAAUUUAGCAAAAAAAAAAAAUGUUCUUUAACGAGAACUGAAACCUGUUUUUUACAUUGAGGAACCUGAUUGUUUUUUUUUAAAAGACAGGAAGAAAAAGAGUGUCCCCUAUAUUCCUACCCACUGUGGGCUUGCAAUCUUGGACCCAGUCAUAGCAACAAAAUUUCUCAGCAUAGUCAUGAUGCAUAAAUAGGUGUCAAUAUGACCAGUUACUAAUUCUACUCAUUAAAAAGCUGCCUUCUGUAACAGUGAAUGAUUGAGGCAGCUUGAAGGAUGGUGUCUUAGUUAGGAUUACUACUGCUGUGAUGAAACACCAUGACAAGCUGCAACUUGGGGGAGGAAUGGGCUUAUUUCACUCACAGUUCCAUAUAACAGAUCACUAUGAAAAGCAGGGAGGGCACAAACUGCUUUUGAAGUUUUGAAGCAGGAGCUGGUGAAGAGGCCAUGGAGGCUUGCUGCUUACUGGCUUACUCCCCAUGGUUUGCUCAGCCUGCUUUUAAAAUAACCUAGGACCACCAGCCCAAGAUGGCCCCACCUACAAUAAGCUGGAACUUUCCCAUGAAGAGGCCAGAGGAGCAGGAUAGACUCCAUCUUGCUCUCCAAACUCCAUCUUCACUUACUUGUCCUUCGAAUGGCAUGGCCUCCACCCUUGGGCUCUGGGAAAGAGAUCACAAAGUUUUAUCAGCAGUUGAAAACAGACAUAACAGCUAUGGUUGGCUCACAAUAACAGGAUAAACUGGUCACAAUAACAGAAUGAGUUAAGAAAACCUUAAUCAUUCCCAGGUCAAGAUGUGUAGAUGCAUAGUCUCUUCUUGUGGUUUGAAUAAAUGAUAUGCACCAAUCAUAUUCCUUUACUCAUUUACCCAAUCAUGUAAUGCCAAAGCUUGAAAGCCCCUGCUUGAAAUGUUUUGCUUUUAUAAACCCUAAGCUCCUAGACCCAAGUGUCUCUUUCCUAACCUGUUGCAUCAGGAAGGUUUGUGACCUUCAAAACUUGAAUAAAGAAUUCUGUGUGCUUGCA